UAUCGGAUUAGUUCAGCGAAUUUGAUGCACUUAAUGUAUUACAGGUGAAAAACCGCAUAAAUGUACGGUUUGUGGGAAAGCUUUUUCCCAAUCAUCAAAUCUGAUCACGCAUACCCGAAAACAUACUGGCUAUAAGCCAUUUGCAUGUGACAUUUGUGGACGAACAUUUCAACGAAAAGUCGAUCGUCGACGACAUCGUGAAAGCCAUCAUUCUUUCGGAUUUCAAGUGAACAACAAAAGUAAUCGAAAUCCACGAACACAUGACGAAGAGAUUGUCGACGGUCAGGUUUCAACAGACCUUUUAUUAAUGCCCAAAAAAAAUUCAGAGGAUAGUGAUGGAACUAAACUGGACGACUAUGCUACAGUACCGGUGUCCUCAGAUCGAGCUUUGAACCUAAGUUCAAAGCUAUAA